AUGAUGUUAUUAGUGGUAGUUUGGUCAUGUAUCUGCAGAUUUCAUUUUGUGGAAUCAAUACCCGAAAAUAUGACUUAUCCUGCACAGUCAAAUUUUCCUUCAACAACUGAAAUAUGGAAACGAUUAAUCAGUUCUGCUGAAAAAUCAAUUGAUAUUGCAUCGUUUUACUGGAGUUUACUUCCAGAAAAUGCUGGCACUUAUAGAGGUCCAUCAACCCAAGACGGUACUGAUAUAUAUAAUUUAUUGAUUGGAGCAGCAAAAAAAGGCAUCAAAUUGAGGAUUGUUCAAAAUGCACAAAACAACAACGAAACCAGAAUGCUGGAAAAUGAAGGACUAGCUGAAGUGCGCAGUUUAAAUUUUUCGAAUUGGUUUGCUAGUGGAGUAUUACAUACGAAAUUUUGGGUGGUUGAUGCGAAGCACUUUUAUUUGGGAUCAGCUAAUCUUGAUUGGAGGUCUCUAACACAGAUGAAAUUAAAAUUAAAUAAUUAUUUUCUUGGUUCGUUUUCUAUUGCACAAACAGUUUGGGCACGCGGUGAUGGCAUCAAUUUAAAAAGUAUGACGUGCAGGGUGAAAGAACUUGGUGUUGCUGUAUUUAGUUGUGGAUGUUUGGCGGAAGAUUUAAUGAAAGUAAUGAAUGUUUACUGGGAAAUGGGUGCGCCAGGUAAGAAGUUGCCAUCAUCAUGGCCGAAUGAGUUGGCAACUGCCUAUAACGCGAAGAAUCCGUUAGUAGUUACACUUAACGGUGAACAGAAUAGUGUUUAUAUUUCGUCUGCACCUCCUACUUUCUGUCCCAGAGGUCGUAUGGAUGAUCUCAACGCAAUUUUACAAGUUAUCAGUACUGCUCGAAAAUUCAUACAUAUAUCCGUAAUGGAUUACUUUCCGGCUACUCUAUAUUUAACAAAUAAUAGAUAUUGGCCUGUUAUCGAUGAUGCUUUGCGAAAGGCCGCGUACAAUGGUAUUAAGGUGAAACUUUUAAUAAGCAAAUGGAAAACUACACGACCGACAUUAUUUGCGUUUCUGAAGUCAUUAGCGGUUAUCACUUCAACUUUACCGUCCAAACGAAAGUACGACACAAAAAGAAAAAAGUUCAUUUCCAUACCAGACACAGUGGGUUCUAUUGAAGUGCGCAUAUUCAUAGUGCCAGCAGAAGGCAAUCAUAAAAAUAUCCCAUAUGCUCGUGUAAAUCAUGCGAAGUAUAUGGUUACGGAUAACACUGCUUUAAUUGGUACAUCGAACUGGUCAGGUGAUUACUUUAUCAAUACUGCAGGCGCUAGUAUAGUGAUACAAAAACAUAAUACGACAGUAAAUUCAGAAAUAGUUCAUAAUUUAAAUCAAGAAAUCUUUAUGCGAGAUUGGAAUUCAACCUACGCAUCACCUCUUUCAGACUUUGAUGAUAAAGGUCAUCGAAUCACAAAUGAUACUGUGAUAUCAGUUAAAAUGGAACCAAUUCAGAAGGCCAUCUUUGAAAGGACAUUAAAUUUGCCGGGUGGGGGAAUGAUUGGAGCUCCAGAAGUACUCCAAUUUGGCCAGAAUCUUAUACAUUUAAUACGAGCAAAAAAGGCUAUCGAUAUAGGCACUUAUACUGGUUCAUCAGCCGUAGCCUGGGCUUUGGCAAUGCCCAGCGGUAGCGAAGUAUUGACAAUCGAUGUAUAUCCAGGAAGUUAUGAUAGUAUCAGUCGUAAGCUUAUUGAUGCUAGACCAGAUAUUUAUCCAAAAAUUAAGCGGCAUGUGGGAACAGCAGCACAAAAAUUAGGCAAGUACAAUGCAAUGCUCGCUUCUGGAGAAGCUGGAAAAUGGGACUUCGUAUUUAUUGAUGCUGAUAAAAUUAAUUAUCCAAUAUAUUAUGAACAAUCGAUUAAGCUUUUACGACCUGGAGGAGUUAUCAUAAUUGAUAACGCUUUGUGGGGUGGAAGCGUAGUUAACAGACCAAGAGAUCGUAGCACGGCAGCUGUCGAUGAAACAAAUCAAAAAGCUUCAAAAGAUUCUCGCGUAUACAAUUACUUGAUGAACAUUGCCGAUGGGAUACACGUGAUCUUCAAGAAAUACUAA